UCACACCACAUUAAACCUCAUAACACGCAGACACAUACAAAAACUUCCUGAAAAUACAGGCGCAUAUACAUACAAAUUCUCUAUCUCUAAUCUCCCCUCUCCGAAAACACAGUUAAAAUCUCCUCACUCGCAACACAGUACACACACAGACCCCAGCAAAUUUUGGAAACCGCACAAUACUUGGUCUCUUCUCUCUAGAAAAUUCGACGGCGGCCGUGUAUUAUUCGGAGACUGAGACAAUAGCAUCACUCGAGGCGGCGAGUGCCGAGGACUAGGGUUUUUACCCCGUGUGUAGGACCGUGUUCGUAAUUCAAUCUAGAAAUUCGGUUUCAGUCUAUUUAUAUAGUCAUUGAUACCUACGGACUGCUUUUUUUUUUUUUUAAUUAUUAUUUUGGGGGACACUUUUGCCUGUCAGUAGACUGCUGAAACCCUAGGGAUUUAGGUUUUUGUGAUUAUCGCUGUGUAGGAUGGAUUAUAGGGUGGGGGUUUGAUUCUAAUUCUGAGAUUUCCCUGUGGGUUCUGUUUGAGGUGUUGCUCUGUUUUUGGAGUGGGGUGGUUCUGAUUGGUUUGUUAUGGGUGUAUUAUGUUGCUCAUGCGUUGUUCUUCUUGAGCAUUGAGACCUUGAGAAGCUUGGGCUAUUGAUUCUUCCAGAACAGCGAAUUGCUUACUGAAAUUUGGAAUUUUGGAUUAUGUGAGUGGGGGUGCUGCUAAUUGCCUUCACGGAAUAUAUAUAUAAAUCAACUUUACAGAGUGAUAGAGAUUAUAAAAUCCCCGGUCCCUGUAUAGAACAGUUCAUGUCGUGUGAUUUGUCCGUGUUUCUUGGAGAAAUUCAGCUGAUUUUGUAAUUUUCUUACUGACAUCCAGGAAAACAAGUCGCUAAGCAAUGAAAUUAGGGUGUUGAUGUGAGAAAUUGUGGGCUAGUGUCUUAUCAUACAGAAAUUAGCUUUAACUUUCUCAUUAAGCUACAUUCGAUCUUUGUUUGGUGUGAAGACACGGAUAUAAUUUGGCGUUUGGGAAGUGACAGUGGAUUCGUGGCUAUUAAUCUAAGAAGAACAGUAGAAUUUGUUUCCACAUAUUCUUUUUAUUAUAUGAUAAUGUUUAGCGCAAGUUAUGGAAAGAAGUGAGCCCACGUUAGUACCUGAAUGGCUUAAAAAUGCUGGAAACUCGACUUCUGGAAGCACCGCAUCUCAUUCAGAUGAUCACCCAGCAUCAAGGGCUGCUAGGAAUAAGUCCUCUUUGAAUGGUAAUGGUCAUGAUUUUCGACAAUCUUCUAGUUCUGAAAGAACUACUUCUUUAUAUUUCCGAAGGAGUUCUAGUAGUAACAGUUCCGGUAACUUUAGAUCACACAAUAGUUUUGGGAGGAACCAACGUGACAAGAACUGGGAGAAGGAUGCAUACGAUUCUCGUAAUCAUGAUAAUUCAUUUUUGGGUGGCCGGCGGCAUCAGAAUUUUUUAGACCCACUGGGAGAACCUUUAUUAGGUAAACUUGGGAGGGAUGGUUUAAGACGUUCUCAGUCCAUGAUUUCUGGGAAACGUGGGGAUGCAUGGCCUAAAAAAUCCGCUGCUGACUCAGGCAGUGGCAGUGUAAAGAUUUCGAAUGGUUUGUUUACCAAGGGAGGCCCUGUUUCCGGGGUGAGCAAAGCUUCUUUUGAGAGAGAUUUUCCGUCAUUGGGAGUAGAUGAAAAAGCAGUCAUUUCGGAUAUUGGAAGAGUACCAUCUCCUGGUUUAAGUACAGCUAUUCAGAGCUUACCUAUUGGUACUUCAGCUUCUUUAGCUGGUGAAAAAUGGACAUCAGCUUUGGCGGAGGUUCCUAUGUUAGUUGGAAGCAAUGGAACUGCCUCAUUAUCUGUGCUCCAAGCUGCUUCAUCAAGUUCUACAUCAGUGGCUUUGGGUUCAACCACCAGUCUCAAUAUGGCAGAAGCCGUGGCUCAGGGUCCUAGUCGUGUCCAGACUACCCCACAGUUAUCUGUUGGAGCGCAGAGACUUGAGGAACUGGCAAUCAAACAAUCUAGGCAAUUAAUUCCAGUGACUCCAUUAAUGCCAAAAGCUUUGGUGUUGAAUUCUUCAGAUAAGCCGAAGAGCAAAGUGGGUAGUCGGCAGCAUUCCGUCUCGUCAUCACUUCCUAUAAAUCACUCUCCUCGCGGUGGACCAGUAAAGGGUGAUGUUUCGAAAGCAUCUAAUGUUGGAAAGCUCCAUGUUCUUAAGCCAGUGCGAGAAAAGAAUGGUGUUAGCCCUGUUGUUAAGGACAACUUGAGUCCAACAGGUGGUAGCUCUGUUGCUGCUUCUCCACCUGUUUCUGGGUCUGCAGUAACCAAGUCCCCCCCUAACAAUGCAGUCCUUGACCGUAAGCCUGUAUUAACUUUGCUGGAGAAGCGACCUACUUCUCAAGCUCGAAGUCGAAAUGAUUUUUUUGAUCUAGUGAGAAAGCAAUCUAUGGCAAACCCUGCUUCUGCCGAUUCAGCUACUGCAAACGUCUCGUCUGACUCGGACACUGGCUCUUCUCCAUCACCGUCCUUUUCUAAUAAACAUGCUGAAAUGGAGGUCAUGCGUGCUACGAGUCAGCCUGUGGAAGUGCCAUUGAGUUUAAGCCUGAAUGUAGAUCAUUUGUCUGAGGAGAAAGCUGGUUCAACCUGCAAUGGUGAUGCUCAUGAUGUGCAAAAGUGUGUGAGCAAUGGGAAGAAACAUCCUAGCUCUGACUGUAUCAUUUCUGAGGAGGAAGAGGCUGCUUUCCUUCGUUCUAUGGGCUGGGAGGAAAAUAACGAUGAGGAAGGUCUUACUGAAGAAGAAAUCACUGCUUUCUACAGGGAUUUGACUAAGUACAUCAAUUCAAAAUCGUCCCCUCGAAUACUGCAGCUUGUACAGCUCUUGACUCCUUUUGACUCGCAACCUGAGGGUAUUGAUGAGAUGAGUUCAUCAGAUGAUAAACUCGAGCCUUGAUUCCAAAUGUGCUAUUUUUGCCUGAGUUUUUUGAGGUAAUCUGAUCUUGUUUGAUUGGUUGAGAGGCAUUUCUGGCAGCCAACUACAUAAAAUCUUGGCAAUUUUGCUGUUUUCUGGAGGUCGAUAGGAACAAUGAUCGUUGGUUGUAAGGUCCUUCCUUUGGAUCGCUUCCGAUGAUUGUUUCCCUCUGGGUUCUGAACUCUUCCUUAAGUUCGGAGAUUUGAGUAAAGAGAAUAGAGAUAGAUUUUUAUCAAGAUACUCCAUGACAUUGCAUUUCGCAAAGUCUUGAGUCUUCACAGUUUUGGUUUCUUUCAUUUUUCCAUGAAUAGAACAGUUUUAUGCUUUUUUUAAUCGAUCAGAAAUGGAAAGAAAAGCAAGAAUUUACUGAU